UUUUUACAAAAUCAGGUGCUUUUAUGAUAAAGUUUUUUUUUCCGCACUAACUGAGCUUAAGAGCAAGAAAGAGCUUUGGUGACGAUGCCGCCACCCAUUCCUCUUUCUCUAGGUAGACUUUCCCUUUUACUUGAUAGAUGUUUUAUUUCCCCACAAUAGUGAAUUCUCUUUCACAUUUGGAGGUUUAGCUAUGCAAGUAAGUUAGUUUCCCCUUUUAGUCUAGGUUUCUUCCCUUUUUUCAGUUUGUUCCCCACUCAGUCGCCCUUACCUCCACCUCGGCCAUCUUUGUCGUAGUACCUUGCCUCCUUUGCAUCAGCAACCAUCUUCUCUACCAUUGCUACCAUCUCCACCACUUUUGCAAUUGACGACUAAUUCACCGCUCCCACUUCCACCAUUGCUGCCUUCGCUUACCUUGUCAACUUUCUUAUGUUGUUUGUUGGGUUGUAUAAAAACCGGCAUUUGCUUCCCAUGUUCUUGGGGUUGUUCAUUUAACCCCAUUUGUUGUUGCGUAAGGCGCAAUUUUGAUUUCUCAAUUGCACAUAUUGCAACUCAUGUAUAGUCGAAUGAGAAAGGAAUAAAAAACAAUCUCUCUCCACUUAGAAGUAAGUUGGGUCUCGGGUGAAUAUUGAGAGUUUAGGUGUUUUAUGAUUAGUUUUUAAUGAUUAAGUUAGUUUUGUAUUAAAGUAUAUUAUAUUUUAAAAUCUGAAUUUAACUUGCAUGUGAUAUUCAUAUUCAUUUAAAAAAAACUUGUGAUAUUGGAAUCCUUAGUUGGUUUAGACGGACGCAAGCAGAAAGAAAAGCUAGGACUAGGAUUAUAUUGCGCAAUUGGGAAACGGACGGACGGUGAUGGAUUUAGUUUGGUUCGUUAAGAUUAAGAAUAGGAAUAGCAAAACCAAAACCAAAACAAAACAACAAUAGUCUCAUUGAUUCGCGGAGGAGAAGAGAGGGGGCAAACGCAAUGCAAUUGCAAUUGCAAUGGAGAUCAGAAAAGUGAGAUGCAGCAGCAUCGUUUUGGGGUUUUGCAAUGUGUUGGUGUUCGUCCUGGGUGGUUUUCUCAUUUUGCACACUUUCCGUCUCUGUGAUCGGCGCUUGUUGCUCCCAUUCGUGGCUGUUUCCAUCGCCUCUCUUAUCAGGAUUGUCGUCAUGUUUCAAACCGCUUUUGCACAGGAUGCCGCUGCCAAGCUCAUUCUCGACGACACCUCCGACCUCCUUUUACGCCUCAACAGACGGGCAAGGUAUAAGAAAUGGCUCUGGUGGAGUCGAUUUACUGUCAUGGUUACUGUCCUGCAAUUUCUCUCCGCAACUUACCUCCUCCUCAACUUUCUUCACUAUUUCUCCAAAGAUACAACAUCUAAUCAUUGUCUUUUAGUAUUGAAAUUGAAAUCUGACUGGUCCAACCACAAGUUACUCUCUCUAUUCAUCAUCAUGGUGUGUUCUGUCGCUAUAGCACAGUGCUUUACGGGAUCUGAUGUUCUCCAAUGGAGAUCUUUCUAUCAAACCCAUGAUAAUGCUUGGAAAUCCCACUAUAGGGAGGUCUUCGAUCAUGGCAUACGCGAGACCUUGUGUUGUCUAGGACGCCUCAAAUACUUGACUGCCUUGGAAGAAGAUGAAGUCUAUUCUGUUGCACGAUUGUUAGGUGACCUUGUUGCUUAUCGAGCUUCCGGUACUGGCCAUAUGGAACUCUUGGCAGCUUUAGCUUUACUUCAAUGCAACGAAAAAUCUUCAGAAUCCUGUGAAGAGUCCAUUGAAGCACCGGAGAUGCGAAUUAGGGAGGCUGCAACUCUUCAUAAAUUUGCUGAAGCUGCAUACACAGGUCCAUUACUUGAUGUUGGACGAAAUCCUUUCAUAUUUCCUUGUGCAUGGCUCUAUAGACAAGGGAUUUUGUCUCCUUGGACACGCAAUAGACGACCUGUAUUGGACGGUGAUAACUGGUGGCGAGGUCAUGCUGCGGCCUUCCUAAAGUAUGUCAAUUUGCCUCCAGAGGCGCUUAGACAUGGGCGAGUCAAGCAGGUCAAGUGUGAAGCUGCUUAUUUUAUUGUGGUUCUACAUCACCUACAAUCUGUAGUCAUUGCUAUACGUGGAACUGAAACCCCUGAGGACCUAAUAACUGAUGGAUUAUGCAAGGAAUGCACUCUUUCUGCAGAAGACUUGGGUGGUUUGAUUAACUGCAAUCACAUUCAUUCUAAUAUAAGGAAAAACGUGACUUCAUCAUUCCCCCACUUUGGGCAUUCAGGUAUAGUUGAGGCUGCACGAGAGGUUUUUAUGCAGAUUGAAGGAAAUCCUGGAGAGCAAGACUCUGAAUCAUACGGACUUCUUUCUAAAUUACUGGGAGUUGGUUGUGAAUGCUUUGGGUAUAACGUCCGCAUUGUUGGGCAUUCCCUUGGGGGCUCUAUAGCUGCAUUGCUUGGAAUACGACUUUAUAAUCGCUACCCUAAUCUGCAUGUUUACUCAUAUGGACCACUCCCAUGUGUGGAUUUAGUUGUGGCAAAUGCAUGUUCAGAAUUUGUAACAAGCAUUAUAUUUGGAAAUGAAUUUUCAUCUCGCCUUUCAAUUGGAUCGAUUAUGAGGCUAAGGGCAGCUGCAAUCACAUCAUUAUCACAAGAUCCUAAAGUGGAUAGUGCUGUGAUUUUCAGACUUGCCCGUCGGUUUCUAUAUAUAAGCAACUUUCAGAGGAAUAAGCAGGCAGAGGAUGAAUCUGAUUAUUACUCAGGGGGCAUUGACCAGGACAAUCUUAACCAUCAAAUCUGCAGUAGCCAGUGUGAGAUUGAUAAUAAAGCAGGCAGAGAACAAGAGGCUCUAGAAGUUUCACUCUGGAAUGAGCCUACUAAAAGGGAUUUUCUUGUUGCAGCUGAGCUAGGCGGCAAUGAGCAUGGAGAAUUUUCACUCUGGAAUGACGCUAGGGAAAGGGACCAUAUUGUUGAAAUUGAUAAUGCUGAAUUUAUAAAUCCUUUUGCUUUAGAUGUACAUUCAAUCGAUGAUCCUGUAUGUCAGUUUAUAGAUACAGUUCCAAAUUCUGAAAAUCAGUCCGCUGGUGACCCCCCAGAGAUGUAUCUGCCAGGACUUUUGAUUCAUAUUGUCCCGGAGCAGAAAAGACCUCAAACUGAUCUUAAGACAUAUUGGCGAGUGCAGGAGAGGGGGAAAUGUCAUAGAGCUUACAUAGCAAACAGAGAAAGUUUCAAAGAUAUUAUUGUUUCACCAUCCAUGUUCCUUGAUCAUCUUCCUUGGAGAUGUCAUGAUGCCUUGCAAAAAAUAUUGAAAGCUCAAGUUUCUAAAGAUCAAGUAAUGGAACCUCACAUGAUCUGAUCUAUAUUUGACCAAUCUAGUGCUUACUCUGGCAUUAAAGGUGACAUGAAAUGGAUUAAUUUUUUUUUCCGUGUUCUAUGGUGAUGGAAGGGGACCUUGGCAUAACAGUGACAGUUACUAUUUAUGUGACUAAGAGUUAUAGGUUUAAGUUGUGGAAUAUGGAAUUGCAAAUGUCAAGACUUCCUACAAUAGAUCUGUAAUAGGUCUGUGUCUUCCCUAGACCCGCCACUGUAGGAGAUUUACAGCAAUUAUUUGCUUUUUUCUGUGUUUUGUGAUGCAUAUGAGGGAGAUCAAGGUCUAUAACAAGGAAUGAGCCUCUUGAGUUUUAACAAGAUGGCUCUCCUACGAUGAGUACAUAACCAUUUAAGAAUAGCAUAUGUGCUUUCUCAGUUGAAUACACUUCAUCAUUUUUUUGAAAUAUUUCUAAUUAUUAGACAAAUGGCUGGUGUAAUGGAUAAAUAUAUGUAUAUAUGUAAAUUAAUAAUACA